CGGGGAGGAGCUGCCGUCUCGUGCGGCCCCCAUCCCUUUCUCCCCUGCUACUAAUUUCAACCCACCAGAGAGAGAGAGAGAGAGAGAGAAAUGAGAAGUAAGGAAAAGGGGGAAAGAGAGACGGGUGUGUUGCUUGUCCUCUUCAUAUGAGCGGAAAGGCGUCAUAUUCGGUGCAGCUCGAGCGCUGUUGUUGGCCGGGGCUCACACGAGAGAGAGAGAGAGAGAAAAGGAAGAGGGGCUGCUUUACAGAUAACGGAACAGUGAAAGGAGAAAGCGCUAGCGACGAGUCAUAAAAACGUCAAAAUCGGUGUAAAACCGGGUAAGACAACAGCGCGCGUCCUGUUUCCCUCAUCAUUUCGAUUCGAGCCAAGUGGGAUCGGGAUGGAUAUAUCUUCUUCUGCACCAUUUGUCAGAUCUCCCGCUAGAGAGGACCGUGCCUCACGCGGAGCAGCAGCAUCACCACCACCGAAAUCGCUUUUUCUUCUCGGAUGCUCCCAUUAGAUACAGAACAACGGUAGAUAUCGAUUUGUGGCUAGUAUUCGAAUGCCGCGCGCACUGCCCGGGCUAACGGUAGAUUGAACCUGCUGGCUGCCAUCGACUGAACAAACGGAGACGUACCAACGGGACCACGGGUCGUUCAGCUAUCCUAGGCACUGCAGCCUAGCAGGCAGCCCCCUUCGUCGCAAGAUACAGGGAGAAACCGUAGGAUACUAGCCUACACUCUCUCCCUGAUGCAAAACACCGCCGCAGCGCAGCGUCGAGAAACUAUGCAGCUGUUUGAUAAGAUACAUAUGUAACGGGGGAAUUACGGGAGACCCUGGCCGGGUUCUCUGUCUGAUCUGCGCACCCAGGCUGAUAACGGAGGCUCCGGUAACGGGAUUGGAAUGGCAUAGAUUGCUUUUUUCAACACGGUGACCGACGAACAGAACGGAUACAUAUCUGACAUGACUAUCUGCAUCUAGAGACCUCAAACACAGGCGAUGGGAUGAAAAUGCGACGUCACAGAGUGUUCUUGCUGUGCACAGUGGGCCUGUGUGUCAUCUCCUUCCUCCACUAUUACAAGGCCCUUCACUACGUAUCCCUGCUCAAGGAGCUGUCGGCCCCGUACCCCAACAUCAAGUCCUUCAUCAUGGUGACAGGCUUCUUCUGGAGGGAGGGGGGGAGCACACCGUUAACGUCGGCUGCCUCGUCGUCUGACUUCGCCGCCUCGCAGGAGGAUGGACCCCCGCCCGCCCUCAGGCCCUCGGACACCAAGCCCCGGAUCGUAGGGGCUAUAGGUCCUGGGGGAGGGGGUGGAGGAGGAAGAGGAGGUGGGGUGGAGAUGAGGCUGAGAGAGGAACCUGCUGCGCCCCAACCAUGGGGUCAACCAGAGGAGGAACCCAGACACAGGGACACGGAUCCCAACGAGGAGCGUGAAGGUGAGGACCUCCACUUCAAGCCCUGGUACCCCAGCCACCCAGCCCACCCUGUCAGACCUUAUGCCCCAGAGGAAAAGGCCUCGGCUGGGAUUGAUGACCUGGUGGUGCCCUCCAAGGCUCCAUCCCCGGACCCCUUAGAAACCCUGGGCGACAUCCACACCCGCACCCACCAGCUCCAGGACGAUCCCACCUCCUACUUCGUCCGCACUAAAGCCGGAGCCCUCUGCUUCCGCCAGGGGACAGAGGUCGCCACCCCCAGGGAUGACGCGGCACGACCCGGGGGGCCUACUGUGACUGGUACUGAGGUAGGAUCUCGAGCAGGCUCCCCUGGGCAACGUAAGCCCCUGGCGGUCCUGAACCAAUCCCACCAACAACCACUCCAUCCGUCGUCCUCCGGCACCUCCAUGCCUCCCAAGGCCAAAUCAAGAGGACGAGGAGGCAAACGUCUGGUAAAAUGUGUGUGUCGGCCGGGGUGGCACGGGCCCUACUGUGGGGUACCUACCAUGGUCUACCACUCUAACCUGCCCACUAAGGAAAGACUGACGCCCAGAGAGAGACCCAGGAGGGUGAUCAAUGCCAUCAACGUGAACCAUGAGUUUGAUCUUCUCCACGUGAGGUUCCACGAGUUGGCCCAUGCUGUGGAUCUGUUCCUGGUGUGUGAGUCUAACUUCACCGCCUACGGAGAGAGACGACCACUACGGUUCCUGCGUCUCCUCCUGAACGGAACCUACGACUACGUGCGCCACAAAAUCCUCUACGUUUUCCUAGACCACUUUCCCGACGGCGGGCGCCAGGAUGGCUGGAUCGCUGAUGACUACCUCCGUACCUACCUGACCCGCGACGGCAUGGCCAGGGUGACCGGAUCACGCGCCGACGACGUCUUCGUCAUCAACGAUGCCGACGAGAUCCCCGCCCGCGAGGGACUUCUUUUCCUCAAGCUGUUCGACGGGUGGACGGAACCGUUCGCCAUCCACAUGAGGAAGUCGCUCUAUGGGUUCUUCUGGAAGCAGCUGGGGUCGUUGGAGGUCGUGUCGGGAUGCACGGUCGGAAUGCUCCGAGACGUCUACGAUGCCGAUGGGAUACGUCUCCGGCGCCGGGAAUACUACACCAUGCCCGGUUUCAGGAAGUACGAGAACGACACGGGUCACAUCCUGGUCCAGUGGGCCGUUGGAAGCCCCUUCCACUUUGCUGGGUGGCACUGUUCUUGGUGCUUUAGCCCUGAGGGCAUCCAUUUUAAGCUGAUCUCGGCCCAGAACGGGGACUUCCCGCGUUGGGGCGACUAUGAGGACAAACGGGAUCUGAAUUAUAUUCGGGAUCUGAUCCGGACGGGGGGUUGGUUCGAUGGAUCGGUGCAAGAGUACCCCCCCUCGGACCCCAAAGAGCACAUGUACGCCCCAAAGUAUAUGUUGGAGAAUUAUGAGAAGUACCUGUACCUUCUGGAGAACCCGUAUGUCAAACAUGAUAAAAUGAUUGAAGGGUAACGAAUUCGAGGGGGGGUAGAGAAUUGAAGGAAGUGAAUGGGUAAGGAAGGAGGGCCCCUGGGACUCACAAGGGGGAGGGACAUGGAAACAAAAAUUAGCACUCUUCAUGGGUGAAGGAUACAGACGGAAGGAAAGCCUUAGCACUGAUGGGGAAGGAUACAGAAGGAAGGAAAACACUGACGUUGGAAGGAUACCUAACGCAAGCUCCAAAAAGUCCUUAUUUUUGGGUAAAAGGGAACAUUGGAACAGCUUUGGGGGGAACAGCUACUGACAAAAUAGUCCUCCCUAGAAACGCUCUCUAUAUCAACCUCUGAACCUCACCUACUACUUUCCUAGUUCUGACUGACAGACAGGCCUUUAUGCUGGGUUGGUACGGUGGGGGCAGAGGGACAAAACAGGCGAAUCGCAAACCUGUGGAAAAAGGAAGCAAAAGAUGACAUUUUUGUUUCUGUUGAUGUUUACUUCAUCAUAUCGUCAUAGCGACACAGACACUCCCUCGUCCCGUCGGGGAAUUCUCACUCACUGUUGGAUACCUUCCUGUUGUGUCUUUAGUGACCCACUGCUAACACACACACACACACACACACACACACACACACACACACACUUUCUCCUCUCAUCAUAUGUGAGUUAGAUAUAGUGCAGUCUGUGUAUUGCUUUCCUAUGGUUAAUAUUUGGCUUGCUUGCAAAUGAACUGACAAGAGAAAAGCCUGAAUCAUUGUAGAAACUCUUGGUUAACUUUACACACAUGGAAUGGGACUUCUGCAUCUGUUGCUGCAAACCGCUAACACUCUGUGAGGUGUGUGUGUGUGUGUGUGUGUGUGUGUGUGUGUGUGUGUGUGUGUGUGUGUGUGUGUGUGUGUGUGUGUGUGUGUUUGUGUUAAUCUGUGUGCAUGCGCGCACGUGUGCACUGGGGUGUGCGAUCCUGAAAGGUCAGAACACAAUAUGUGUGUGUGUAUAACUGGGUGACAGUCCUCCUCUGUAGGCAGGCAGACAGGCAGACAGGCAGACAGGCAGACAGGCAGACAGACAGACAGACAGACAGACAGACAGCUCGUAAUGAAUGAUGAAGUGAUGUCGUCUCCAUAGCCUUUUGUACAGCACAGCAGGAGGUGUAUUGUUGUUCUAUGUGGCCUAUAAAGACAAAGAUUUAAACAAAAAAUACUGGUUGACUCUCUCUCUCUCUUCCUCUCUUUCGGUUUCUCUCCCUUGCCUUCUCUACUGCAUCCUUCUCGCUCCGUCUCCCUCCCCUCUGUCCCUCUCUCUUUCUUUCUCUUUCUUACUCGGUCCGGUAAAAAAAAGGUCACUUGAUUGCUCGAGCAGAAAUGUGCCGCCCACGUUGCCAUGGUAACGAGAGAGGGGGGGGGUGGCGGAAAGGGAGGAGAGGGAAGAGAGACGGGGUGAUGAGGGAGGAGGGUGAGCUGCGUUCAAGUUAGGUCACAGUCUUCAGAGAGAAAGGGAAGGAAAUCUGCAGCAGCACUGAUCCGUAUGUUCCCUUCUUUUAUCCUCAGGAGAAUGUAACUUAACUAAAUGUAGUUUACUCCUCUGACUCGUUUAUCUCCCUUCUUUCUCUCUCUGGCUCUCUCUCCCUCUCCUUUCACUCUCCCUCCCCUCUUCCUUCUCUCUCCCUUCCUUCUCUUUCUGUGUGUCUCUCUGUAUCUCAUUCAUUCUCUCUCUUACUCCCUCUCCCGCUUCCUUCUCUCUCUCUCUUUCCCCUGCAUCCUCCUAUCUCUACAUCUCUCCCUACAGUCCCGAUUGUAUAGACAGAUCAUGGUGCUUGAUCAUGCAGACUCUUGACUAGGCUGACUAGAGCCCAGCCCUAGCUCUCUCUCUGAUGUUACCGUGGUGAUGCCCUGCCUCUUCAAUAGACGGAACCCUUGUGGGGGUAAACAGAACACUGAGGCACGGUGGGCAUUUGAUGUCAAAUCCUAGUCCGAGACAGAGAUAAAGAAUUAUUGAUUUUAGUGAGAUAGGAUGUGUCUCAAAUGGGAUCCUAUUCUCUACAUAGUGCACUAUGGGACCUGGUCAAAAGUAGUGCACUAUAUACAGUUGAAGUCGGAAGUUUACAUACACUUAGGUUGGAGUCAUUAAAACUCGUUUUUCAACCACUCCACAAAUUUCUUGUUAACAAACUAUAGUUUUGGCAAGUCAGUUAGGACAUGUACUUUGCAUGACACAAGUCAUUUUUCCAACAAUUGUUUACAGACAG